AUGUCUCACUGCAGGCAACGGUGGGGCAAGAACCAGCUACUUAUAGCGAUACGGGUCUUGGGUUUGCGUUGGCGAUUUGCCCAAUUUGGUCACGUGUCUCGCUACAACCGAAAGGGGCUCUGGAGCAUCCACACUCCGCUACAUCGCCGUCUCUUCUCUGUUGCUCCGCUGGAAGGGUCAUUUUACGGUUUAGACCAGUUGGGACUUUACGUUAGACUUGUGGGGCGUGCGUGUGAAGGCCUUACCUUAUGGAGGCUCUCCAGAGUGAAUUUUCAGCAACGACUGCAGAAAAAGAAAAACGACACGAAUAUACGACCGACCCCCUGCCCACAGGAUGGCUUGUAUGUGCUGGUUCCUGUCCAUCGACAUGGAGGCUAUAGCCCAGGUGAUCUAUGGUUAGAGGAACGCUAUGCCAGUACUUUCGCACUCGUACUGGUACCCUCACCCCUGCUAAUUAUCUUGUCGCUGUCUCACAGCCAACUGAUCACCGCAUCCACAUCAAGGGAUACGGAUGGACAGAUUGGCGUCCAUUUUGGAUCGAGCAGGCAGGCAGGGACGCGAUCCCACGCGAUGCAGCUGUCUGCGUGCGCAGUAUCGUCUGGUAGUCAUAUGUGA